AUGGCCACGGUACCUUCUAAAGUAAUUCAGGACUUAGUCACUAUUCUACGCCACGACUUCACUGUCGAAUUGAACGCUUCAUUAGCUUCGUUGCCACCUCAAACUUCCACUUUUCUGAAGAUACAUGCUGAGAUCUGCAUCGAUCCAUGUGUGCCACAGGAUCAACUUGGAGGGUACAAGCCCCAGCCAAUUUAUUUAGGCUCAAUUUCUCUAGAUCAAACCGAGUCACAUGAAUAUUUAAACCAACAAUGCACAAUACCUGUGGUUAUAGGUCCUUCCCUGUUGCGUGAUGAUACAAUAAUGAAGGGGGUCGAAUUAGCUAAUAAAGUGCCUGAGCUGCCCAGCAUUCAUCAAUCCUCCUCCCUUGAGAAGAGGCGAAAGACCAUCGGAGGACUAACGAUCAGAAGAGGCGGCUGUGAUGAGAUGCCAGAUGACUCUAGUACAUCUUCACAGGCAGGAAAUUCGACUGUGAGACAGUUACAGACAGAAUCCCGAGUGUUCCCUCAAAGAAAAAAAAGGAAUGACCAUGGCAUUCAUCAAUUGCAGCCAUCCUCGGUUGAAAAGUUUGUUGCUGGAGUAUGGAAACAAAUAUACAGUAACGUCGAGCUUGCACCCAUUUUACUGGAUAGUGACUGUGUACCAAUAAUCGCAACCGGAGGGCCUAAUAUCGAGGUUAGUCUGAACCCAUUUCUAUCCAACACAGAUACCAAAAUGCUUGCUCUCCGGGAGGCCUGUACAAUCCUUAAAUGGUCAGAAAAAGAGCUGAGGAACAGACUAGCAAUCUGGCGAGGAUACAAAGAAAUCAAGGAUGCAGGUGGCUGGGCCUGCUUGGCCUUUGCCGGCUCCGGAAUUUAUCGACUCUGCAAAUAUCGUGUAGGCUUCGAAAAGAAUCUCACAACAAGACUUGAACGACUCCAAUCUGGCCUGGAAGUAGCAGCCGAUACAAUCCAUCCAGAAUGGCGCAAACUCCUAAAAUUCAUAGGCAUAGAAUCUCAAUCGGCAUAUACUGGACAUCCACAUGACUGGGUUGUCUGCGAUACAGCCAAACCUGUUACGCUCAAAUCCACAUACAUGCAGUGGGACCCGGAUUUUGAGUUUUCCCACAUUGAGGAGUCCGUAAUGGAUCAAGCUGCUUGGGGUGUUGAAGAUCCGCGUAUGGUGGAAAAUUCUAGUACUGUAACUUGUCGUGAUUGCGGACGCUUGCAAUCGAACAACUCUUCUGUCAAUGAAUGCCGUUGUUUUCCAGAGUUAUACGGGUGCUGCAAAGCACCUCCUCCUGUACAGGUUUUUCGUACUCCACUGGGAAUGAACAACGGGAUUAUCGCACGUUGUGAAUUUGCUCGCGGUUCGGCAAUUGGCGAGUUCGUAGGACUGGUUACUAAGGGAAUGGAAGGUAAAGAUGUAAUGCAAAGCAAAAGCACUGAAAAUCAGUACCAAAUAUACCAAGGACGAAUGGGUAACUACACGCGCUUUGUUAACCAUUCCUGCGCACCGAAUAGCCAAUUCCAGAAAUUUUACUGGCUGGGAACUGAACGUAUUGUCUUGGUCUCUAAAAGAAUUGAAGCUGGAGAGGAGAUAACGGUAGACUACUCACAUGAGUAUUGGAAGGAUCUCGAUAAAGAUUAUUCAUUAGAGGUCAAAGUUUAA